GAUAUCGUCAAGUCAAGAAGAAUGCUCCCCAAAUCCUUGGGGAAACCACCUGAAACAUUAUGGCUCCAGAAAACCCCCCUUACAUUAUCAAUGGAGGACCGCGUGGCAAACUUGAUUUCCAUUGACGUACCACUCGGUGGCGUAAACAAGAAAUUUGGCACAAGUCUGCUGUCUGCUCCUCCGAUUUUGCAUCAGAGCACCAAAAAAAACUAGUUUAUCUCGAACACGCUCCCAGCUCGUGAUGAUAUCACUAAGUCCGCAAUGAUUUCUGAUAUAAAAGCCCCUCUAUCGGUUCGAAAGCCAACAGAAAGUCGGUUCGAAGGCCUAGCAGUCGAUACCUAAUCAUUGAUUUUCAAAAAUAUUUUCCCCAAAGUGCAUAAACAAAUGUGUCAAUGAAGACACCGGACACCAAAGCCAAGUUGCUGAAUAAUAUAAGUCUAUCUAAACACCUGUCUUCCAAGAAAGGCGGCUCUCGCACUAGUAACUGCGGCAAUCGUCUGGAAUUCUCCGUGCUGACGCGUCUCUCCAGCGUGCCCUGAAUCCCCCAGUUAU